GUUUCUAUAUCCAUAAAAAAAAUACAAAAAGCUAUUUGGCAGGAUAGAAAUGAUGAGAAAGUUAUUGGUGCUACUCUCGAACUCCAAUGGUGGAAACCAGGAUAACCAUAAAAUACCGUUUUCCAAUGUGGUUGUCAUAGGAACUAGGAACUACUUUUGGGGUAGAAAAUGGCGAAAUGUGGACAUCCAAGUGGCAUCCUGGUUCAUUUUUGUUCAUAUACUUGCCAUUUUUGCACCAUUUACCUUCACAUGGGAUUCUUUUUUUAUUGCAUUUAUUGGGUAUUUGUUAACUGGAAUUUUGGGCAUUACUCUUUCCUAUCAUCGACUUCUAUCCCACCAUAGUCUCAAACUCCCCAAAUGGCUUGAGUACACAUUUGUUUAUUUCGGAGUCCUAGCAGCUCAGCGAGAUCCGAUAAGUUGGGUGAGUGCGCAUAGAUAUCAUCACCAAUACGUUGAUACGAAUAAAGAUACACACUCACCCAUCAACGGUUUCUGGUUCAGUCAUAUGGGAUGGCUACUUGAUAGUGGAUACAUGGUUGAAAAGUAUGCAGAUCGUAAAAAUGCUGAAGAUCUUAAAAAGCAAACGUUUUACAUCAUAAUGCAAAAAACGUACAUGUUGCAUUUAUAUGGAUGUGGGGCUAUCUUAUUUGCUUGUGGUGGAUUUCCAUACCUUGUCUGGGGCAUGGGUGUUAGAAUAGUAUGGUUGUACCAUGCCACAUUUAUGUUGAAUUCUAUUUGUCAUAUUUGGGGACACCAAGCUUGGAACACUGGCGAUCUCUCCAAGAACAAUUGGUGGGUGGCAUUGCUUGUUUUUGGAGAAGGAUGGCAUAAUAAUCAUCAUGCAUUUGAAUAUUCAGCUCGACAUGGAUUAGAGUGGUGGCAAAUUAAUAUUACAUGGUACCUUAUAUGGUUUCUUGAAGCCAUAGGGAUAGCUACCAACGUCAAAGUACCGACUGAUGUCCAGAAGCAGAAAAAAUCAAAUUCCAUAACACACUCAAAUGAUUGA